GAUUCAAUUAACAAGUAAUGCUUUAAACACUGGAGAGUAUCAUGAAGCAAGCUCUUCAAUUAGGCUGUAAGUGUGUGCGCUGCGCUGCCCAUCCCCCACUGAGCGCUUAAUUGAAGGCCACGCCCACCCCUCCCCCACAGUACCUGCAGCUCAGAGGCUGAGGUCAUUAGUUCACAAAAUGGAUCUGGAACGAUUGAGGAGAAGAAUGGAGCGACUGCGGGCACACCACAACAAAUGUGAAGCGUCUGCAUUAAAGGCAGUGGGAGAAGAGAAGUGCAUCGUUGAUAUACAGAAGUCAGCAGAGCUUGAUGGUAUCCCUGAAGAGUCGGAGUCAGAAGUCUCGACCUGCUCUGGUUUAGACCCAGAUUACAAGCCACCUAGUUUGUCAUGCAUUGAUGGUCUGAAAGGUACAAGCAUGUCCAGUGAAGAUUCUAAUGCAAGUGAACAGGAUUUAAUCAUUGAUGAAGUAAAAAGCCACAAAACUUACAUCAAAAGACACAAAAAAAACCAAACAGUUGACCAAUAGAAAACAAGACAAAUCAACUGUGACCAUAAAAACCUGCACGAAAAGGGAAGACUUGAAGCGUGCAUGGGACAAAAAACACUACUGUCUCUUCUGUAGUAAAGCACAGGCCAAGAUUUCGCGUCAUUUGGAAAGAAAACACAUUGACAUCAAAGAUGUGGCUUAUGCCUUCAGCUUUCCCUUGGGUUCGAAAGAAAGAAAGGUUCUUCUGGAACAACUAAGAAAUAAAGGUGACUUUAAACACAAUUCAAAGGUUUUACAAAAAGGCAGAGGACAAAUUGUUACAUGGAAACAGCCUUCAAAUGAUGCCACUUUUCAGGAUUACUUGCCGUGUCCUUACUGUUUUGGUAUGUUCCGAAAAAAGGAUCUUUGGAGACAUCAGUCAUCAUGCAAAACAAAAAAAUUGUGUGUAAAAGAUCAAGAUGACGAAGACAAAAAUAACAGACGAGGGAGAGUGCAGAGUCGUGCUGCUUGUCUCCUGCCAAUUGUAGCAUCCUCCGAUGGGUGUCAGAGCAUCAUAAACUCCAUGCGCCAAGAUGAAGUGUCAUUUCAUGUUAGAAAUGAUGAUUUGAUCUGCAAGUAUGGGGAAUCUCUUUAUGCGAAACACGGUCGAGUGAAAUCAAGACACCAGUACAUUUCACAGAGAAUGAGGGAGCUUGGUCGUUUUAUGGUGGUCUCUAAAGAACUGGACAAGACUGUCAGUGGUCUUCAAGAUUUGUGUACACCAGCCAAAUUUAAAUUUGUUGUUAAUGUUGCCAAGCGAUUAACCCAGUUCAGUCCAGGAAAAAAUGAAUAUGGGAAACCUUCAACGGCAGUGAAAAUUGGAUUUUGUCUUAAAGGCGCUGUAGAGGUCCUGAUUGGGCAGGCGCUAAUGAAAGAGGAUGAUUUGUCAGAGAAAAAAGCAAAAAAAUUCUACGAACUCUUGGAAAAAAACUGGAGAAACAGUGUUUCCAUAAGCGCUCACCAAACUCUACAAGAAAAAAAAUGGAACAAAGCUGAUGACAUCCCUCUCACUAAAAAUGUCAUUGCUCUUAGAGACCAUCUCAGGAUGGUAGAAGAUGAUGCGAGAACAAAACUGGCACAGGAAAUGAAUUUGUCUGCAUACAAGAAAUUAAAUGAGGCUGUUCUUGCCCAAGUUAUUAUCUUUAAUAAACGCCGCGAAGGAGAAGCUUCACGCUUAACUCUUGAUACCUACAAGACAGCAAGCUCAAAUGCCAUCAACGAGGACAUCUAUAGCACUUUGUCACCACUGGAGAAGGAGCUGAGCAAGAUGCUAACUCGCAUCGAAAUAAGGGGCAAAAGAGGAAGGAAAGUUCCAGUUUUCUUGACAGAUAGAAUGAUGGAAUCCAUCAAUUUGCUAGUUGAAAGGAGAGAAGAAGCUGGUGUGCCUGCAGAAAAUCCAUACCUCUUUGCAAGACCUGGUGUAUUCACCAACAUUCGUGGAUGUGACUGUCUUAGAAAAUAUGCAGAACAAAGCAAAAUAGAAAAUCCUGGACUCCUAAGAUCAACAAAGUUACGAAAACAAGUUGCCACACUGUGUCAGCUCUUAGAUCUUACGGAACAAGAACUAGAGCAAGUCGCAAAAUUUAUGGGUCAUGACAUUAGAGUCCACUGUGACUUUUACAGACAGACAGAUAAAACAUUUCAGAUAGCCAAAAUAAGCAAACUUUUGUUUGCCAUGGAAGAAGGGACUGAAACCUUGAGGGGGAAGAACCUUGACACACUUCAUCCUUCCGUAGGUGGUGAAAGUCCUCCAUCCACCUCUGUCUCACAGAGACAAAAAAAAGGAGGAAGACCAAAGAGAAAAGGAGAGUCAGAUGAAGAUCAAACUGAUGGAGUGAGUCCGCCCAAACAGCCUUCACCUCAGAUCAAGAAGAAGAGGAGAGCGGUGUAUGACUUCUCCCCUCAGAUAUCAUCAGACCACUGCAGUGACGACCAGGCUUCAGAGGUUGAAGAAAAAACUCACGAAGUGAGCAUGACCAAACCCUCAUCUCAGAUCAAGAGGAAGAAGAAGAGAGCAGUGUAUGACUUCUCCCCUCAGAAAUCAUCAGACCACUGCAGUGAUGACCAGGCUUCAGAGGUUAAAGAUCAGACUGAUAGAGUGAGCUCUUCUGAGCAGCCCUCACCUCAGAUCAAGAAGAAGAGAGUGGCCAAGGGGAAAGCAAACGUUGUGAAGACCACCACGAUAACCAAACGCCCGUGGAGUGAUGAGGAGAGAAGGGCGGUCAGUAAGCAUCUGAGUAGCUACAUUGCGCAACGCAGAGUUCCAGGUAAAGCCGCCUGCAUGAAGUGUCUUACUGAAGAAACCGCUCUCAGGGAGAGAACGUGGACGGACGUAAAAAACUGUGUGUACAACACCAUCGUUACCCUCAAGCGGAAAUCUGCGACCAGAAUGCUUCAGUUUUGAAAAGAUUAGUUUACUUCAUUAACAUUUUGUAUAGUGAAUGCACUCACCCUCCUGCCAUCUAAGAUGUUCAUGCCUUUCUUUCUUCAGUUUUAAAGACAUUGGUUUUUAAGAUAAACUGAGGAAAGAAAGACAUGCACUUCUUGGAUAACAAGAGGCGGAGCACAUCUGUCAACUUGUUCUGGAAGUAAACUAAUCCUUUCAAACCCUGUGCCUUUCUAUUCUCUCUCUUAUUCUGUUUGUUCCUUAAUUUCUGCUGUUAAUGUCAGUCAGGGACUGGUUUGGAUAAGUGAUGUUUAUGAGUAAGAAAAUGUUGUAAAGAAAUAUUUAAGUAGCCUGUUAUUGAACAUCAGUUAAAAGAUUAUAU